UAUUGGUCACACUUCUGAAAAACUUCAAGCGAUACAUACAGGAAAAAUCGGAUCCGAACUGAAAUCUGAAAAUAUGGUCCACUUUUCUAAAGAAAUAAUGUUGAAAUAUCAAUUGUAAAUAUUACCUGUUUCUUAUUUCGCACGGAUUGAAAGUGGAUGUGCAUAAAAAGCGUGUGUUGAGUCGAAAAACGAGCGUGGAACGUAAAGUGACUUCUGAAUUCUGCCUGAGUGUGAAUCGAAUACGUGUGAGAGAGCGUGCGAGCCUAUCUGAAUUUACUUGCCACAUAAAGUAUAUCAAGAAUAUUGUGUGGGCGCUGCAAGAAAUCGAAACAUAUAUUAAAGUGAGCUGUGUCAAGUAGAGCAGCUUCCAAAAACCCCUAUCAAUAGUUAUCCCCGGCAGGAAGGCCCUUUGUAAUGGAUUUCGUUCAAGUAUCGGAGGAGGAGGGUGACGAGCCCAUCGAGCUGCCGGCCGAGGAAGACGGCACCCUGUUGGUGUCAACCUUGCAGGCUCAGUUUCCCGGAUCUUGUGGUCUAAAGUAUCGCAACUUGGAAACCAAGGCGGUGCGCGGAGUUCGCUCUAAUGAGGGAAGACUGUUCCCCCCCAGCGUGGACUGUGGCUGGGGGGAGUACCUGUACUUCUGUGUGUUUCCCAAGGCUUUACCGCCCACAGAAAACAAGCGCAAGAGUGAUGACAACUUGGAAAAUUCAACGGCCAAGACCAAACGCAUCGAGACUCGCCUUAGAUGCACUGAUCUUAUUGUUCUUGGUCUGCCCUGGAAAACUACCGAAGACAGUUUGCGGGAGUACUUUGAGACCUACGGUGAGGUGCUGAUGGCGCAGAUCAAGAAGGACACAAAGUCGGGGCAGUCAAAGGGCUUUGGGUUCGUGCGUUUUGGGUCAUAUGAUGCCCAGAUGCGUGUGCUCUCCAACCGUCACCUUAUCGAUGGUCGUUGGUGCGAGGUAAAGGUGCCCAACUCCAAGGGCAUGGGCCACCAGGUGCCUUGUAAGGUCUUUGUAGGCCGUUGCACAGAGGACAUCAACUCGGACGACUUGCGGGAGUAUUUCUCCAAGUUCGGAGAGGUAACGGAUGUGUUCAUUCCCCGUCCCUUCAGGGCCUUUAGUUUUGUCACCUUUCUCGAUCCCGAUGUGGCGCAGUCUCUUUGCGGAGAGGACCAUAUAAUCAAGGGUGUUUCGGUGCAUGUGUCGAAUGCCGCCCCGAAAGCGGAGCAGAACAGGAACCAACAGGCGCAGAGCUACAAUUAUAACUCCACCAAUGGCUUCGGCAUGCACUCGUAUCAUCCACAGGGCAACCACAUGAAUACGGGCCGCAAUGGACACCACAGAGGUAAUAACCAACACAGUGCUCACGGCAGUGAGAACACCAUCAUCGCCAACAAUCACAGUAGCAACGGCUCGGCUGGUUAUGGCAUGGGUGGCAACAGUUACGGCGGAAACUCGGGCGGGGGCUAUCACAACGGCAGCAAUCACUCCACUGGCGGAAACGUGAACCGUCAGGACGGUGGUACGCAGUACAGCAGUAGACAGGCUAACUUCCAUGGAAUGAAUCCGCAGCACAACGGAAACGUGGGUGGCAGCAACGGGUGGAUGAACCGGGGCCACUUGGAUAUGCCCAAUUUGCAGGCCUUGGGCAUUAAUUCGCAGGGAUCGAGCUCCUCUAACCAGGGCCAGAACAUGAGCAACCAGUCGAUGCUUAACUUGAACUCCUUGCCGAUCAAUCCCGCCCUGGUAGCUGCUGCGUUGAACCAGUGGAGCCUGGUAGGCAACCAGCUACAGAACCAAAACCAGGACCAGCAGGGCGGAAAUUUUUUAUCGUGGAUGGCCCAGAACGGUGGCCACAACAACGCCAACAACUUUGGUGGCCGUAAGGGAUCGAAUAACCCGAACAAUCCGGGCACUAAUGGGAUGAGCAAGGCCGACAAUACCGGAUGUAAUGACCAACAGAAUGGAAACACGGGAUGGUCAAAUCAGAGCAGUGGCUCUCAAAACUCCGUGGAGAAGUCAAACUUUCUUUAAGGCUGUAACAUUAGCACUACUGGGAACCAUUAACUGUGGUUCAUAAUAACUUUGAUUUAACCAAAACUUCUGUAGCUUACUUAAAUAUAUAUGUAUUCUACAAUUAAAGAAAUUAAGAAUUGUAUUUAAUAUAAACAUGCUAGAUAUUUUAAUAAGUACAAGUAAUGAUGACACUCAAUGGAGAAAAAUACAAUUUAUACCUAGAACCCUGAGUAAAAUAAAUUAUGGUUUAGAGCACA